AUGGCGGAUCGUAUAGGUUGGAAGUCUGAAAUCAAGAUGCUGGCCGGGCCUCACUCUCUGAAGGCUCUAGAGGAGAACACUUCCUUGCCCCCUCCUACUUCUGGCAACCUUUGGCAUCCCUUGGCCUGCAACUUUGUCACUCCAAUCUCCAUUGGUCACUUGACCAUCUUCCCCCUGCGUUUCUCUGUUUCUGUGUCUCUUCUUCUCUUAUAA